GAAAUAUCUUAUGUGAACGGUAGUGUUUCUAAAUUAAGGAUUCUCCAAAGUAACUUUGUGAGAUUUCCCCACUAGACACGUAGAAUUAGGAUAGACAUGUAGAAUUACUGAAUCGUGACAAGUUUCCUUGUAAACCAGUCGGUCGGCCUUGAAUUGUUAUUGGGAGAGAGAGGACAAACUGUUAUAUUUCCAAAAACUUACAGAUACACUACAUAAUCUUGUCUCUACUAUGUCGCCUGUCGCGGUGAGAUGGGUCGAGAUCGGUCAUGGUUCGGAUCUUCUCUGUUCACAUCACCACAUGGCGCAUAAUGGUUCAGAUUGAGUUUAACCUAUUUCAGUCGUUUCCAAGUCGGGGAUUGUGGAAGCUCAUGGAAUGUGCCAGCAUAUCAUGAGGAAGAAAUGCCUCAUAUUGUGUGUGCGUCCUAACAGUGGUUCGAGUAAACUUCAGACUGAAGGAGAAAAGCUAAUUAUAGCGAAGUUGAAAGAAAAGUUUCCUGGGGCAAAAGAUAUUGAAGUGUCUGACAUUUCAGGUGGUUGUGGAGCUAUGUACCAGAUAUCCAUAGAGGCAGAGGAAUUCAAAGGCAAAAAGACUGUCAUGCAGCAUAGGCUUGUCAAUGAGGUACUUGCAGAGGAAAUUCGAAACAUGCAUGGAUUGCAGCUUAACACCAAGGCACCUUCCAGCUGACAUCUUCCAUCUACAGUAUACAGCAGUGCUAUCGCUUGGAAUAUCCGAGUUGUGUUUUAACUACUCUUGAGAUAAGUGUUUAUCCCAUUAUGGAGGUUGUUGAACAUUCAGUAGCCUUGCCUGUUAAAAAUGUGUGUAUGCUUCAUAAAGAGAUUCAUUAGAAGAGGAUGCCACUCUUGGACUUCACUUUCUUAAUCUGACAAUGAUGAUGUCGCUCAUAGCAUGCAUUCAAGUGUAUUGUCUAUUUUUCUGUUACAAAAUAUACUCUUCAUAAACUAAUUAAAAGCUUGGUGAAAGAACUAAAA